AUGGCGAUUGACGUGAAACCAGCUUGUCAUGUAUCAGAGUCUACUGGCGAAGAGCCAGAAGCGGGUAGCCGCGAUACUACCUAUGACCCGGAUACCCUCCGCUCUCUCGGCUAUGUUCCUAAGCUGAAAAGGAACCGAUCGCUUCUCACUCUCUUGGCUCAAUCCCUGGCUAUUGCUACUGUGCCCUAUGGUGAAGGCGGGCCUCUUCUUAGCGCUAUCUAUGGCGGUGGGCCGUUGGCAAUUUUCAUCGGAUGGCUUGUUGUACUUGUGCUAGAUCAAUGCGUUGCUCUAUCCCUUGGUGAACUCGUGUCACGAUAUCCAACCUCUGCAGGACCAUAUUACUGGACCUUUCAGUUGUCGAAGAAACAUAAAUUCCUACUUUCGUUCAUCAAUGGCUGGGUAUGGCUUGUUGGAACCUGGACGAUUACCCUUUCCGUCAAUUUUGGGUUUGCGGGAAUCAUCAAUGCAACUGUGAGCAUGUAUCACCCGGGUUGGUCGGCAAGCAAUUGGCAACUACUGCUCAUCUUCUAUUUCCUGUGCAUUCUUGUUUUUACCAUCUGCGCGUUUGGCAACCGGUAUCUUCCAAAGGUGGAUAUGAUAUGCGCUACAUGCACAGCAAUCGUUAUUAUAGUAGUGCUAGUUGCGCUCUUUAUCAAAACUGGAAUCCGCCGCCACAGCAUCAGUUAUGCCCUGGCGCACUACGACACAACUUUGUCUGGAUGGGGCAGAUUUAGCUUCUGCAUUGGUCUGCUACCAGCGGCAUAUACCUUUUCUGCCCUAGGAAUGAUAUCAUCUAUGGCCGAGGAGGUAUCUAACCCUUCUAUUACCGUGCCAAAAGCAGUAAGCCUCUGUAUCCCCAUUGCUGGCACAGCAGGACUCUUGUUUAUACUCCCUAUAUGUUUCACCUUGCCGCCAUUACUGGAUAUUAUCAACAACUCUCCCGGUGGCCAGGCACUACCAUACGUCUUUAGCAUUGUCAUGGACUCAGCAAACGGUGGCCUUGCCCUUAUGGUUCUCAUCUUUAUUUUGGUCCUACUUUGCGAUAUUAGUGUAACCGUUGCCGCUUCUCGCACCACAUGGGCUUUUGCACGCGACGAAGCCAUUCCUAUGUCGAAUAUAUGGGCAAGAAUUGAUGACAGAUUCGGUACUCCCCUCAAUGCCCUGACACUUUUGACAGGCGUACAAAUGCUUCUCGGCCCAAUAAACCUCGGAAGCACCAGCACAUUUACAGCAUUUGUUUCAGUGGGAGUGAUUGCUUUGGCAGUCAGCUACGCAAUUCCCAUUGGUAUCAGUCUAUAUUACAAGCGUAGCGAAGUGCGCCAAGCGAAAUGGAACUGUGGUCCGCUCCUGGGUUUGGUGUCCAACAUUGUUGCACUUAUCUGGAUCUCAUUUGAGCUUGUACUUUUCAGCAUGCCGACUGUUCUGCCAGUUACUCCCGUGUCGAUGAAUUAUUCAUCUGUUGUAUUUAUUGGACUUUUGGUUAUCUGUGCAGUAUGGUAUUUUCUUCAUGGCAAAAAGAGUAAGUCCCCCCCUCUUAAUGCUGCUGAAAUACCAGGGUACUAA